AUGAAAAUCCGGCGCGAAAGGUUGCUGUACGGGGCGCCUCAACAAGUAAUAUAUGGACUUAUAAAACUACCGCUCAAAUUGAUCUGGCAGAACACAGAGCCUUCCAGUGGCAAGAGGCCCAGGACAGUGCCCGCUGAAGCUAUCAAAGUUGCAAUUUUCUGCGCUUUAUCGUACGAGGCUACUGCGGUCAAGUAUUGUCUAGAUGAAGAACUCGCAUGUCAACCACGAACAAUAGGCCCCAAGAACUACAUGUACUCUUUCGGCCGUAUAGGUGAGCACAAGCUUGUUAUCGCCCAACCAGUUCACAUGGGGCUUGCCAAAGCUGCUCAAUGUGCAGCAACGGUUAGGCAACAAUUCCCACAUGUCCAGUUUGCCUUGCUGGUUGGUAUUGGAGCAGGCAUUCCAUGCCCGAAUAGGUGUGAUAUCCGGCUGGGCGAUAUUGCGGUCGGCAUCCCGCGAGGCAGCCACCCCGGAGUGAUACAGUAUGACUUGGGAAUAUACGAGGAGGAUGAAUUCGUACCACAAGGAUGUGUCAACAAACCACCAUCAAUCUUGAUAAGUGCAGAUGGAUCACUAGAAGAAGAUGAGAUAAUGAACCGAAGCCCACUGCGAGAGAUUUUGAAAGACAUCACAAAGAACCCUGGGUAUGAACGACCAUCAGGGCAGGAUAUACUGUAUGACGAUGAUUUUCAUCACAUCAACACUGGCGGCGACUGUACCGAGUGUGAGAAAUCGGACUGGAAGAAAAUUGUGCCCCGGACUCCGCGUUCUCUCGAACAUCCUGUGGUUCAUCGAGGUCUUAUACUUUCCGGUAAUGGCGUUAUAAAAACCCCACAGGAUCGCAAUCGCUUACGGCGUGGGCAUGACGACGCCAUUUGCUUCGAAAUGGAAGGAGCCGGCAUAGCCGAUGUGAUUCCUUGCCUUGUCGUGCGAAGAAUCUGCGAUUAUGCGAACACGCAUAAGCAGGAUGGGUGGCAUCAUUUUGCUGCGGCCGCGGCCGCAGCUCAUUGCAAAUCCAUCCUUCUCAAAAUAGAUACACAAGGAGUGGGAGAUGCUACUGAAAUGAGCUCUUUAUUGAGUGACCAAGACGACCUAUUAAGAGCGAUCAGAGCUAUGAUCCAAUGUCAAAGCCUAGCCACCGCAUUGUGGCCCCUUAAAUACCUGCUACCAUUAGAAACAAGCCAUGAUGGUGUAUGUUAUGAACAGAAAGGAUGCUUGGACCUGAAUAGACUGCCGAUAGCUAAAGAUGCUGCCUUUGACUCAUAUGCAGAGCAGCACGAAACUUUUUGUCUUCCGGGCACUUGCAUCAGCCUUCUCCAGCGCAUUGAGGACUCGGUGUACGAUGAAAGUGGAAGAUGCAUCUUCUACCUAAAUGGUAUGGCUGGAACCGGAAAGCCUACGAUAUCUCGAACUGUUGCCAAGAAUUUCAGAGAAAAACAAAUGCUGGGAGCUAGCUUUUUCUUCAAGAGGAAUGCAGGUGAUCGAGGACAUGCAAGACGGCUUUUCUCGACAAUCGCCAGGCAGCUCAUUACACAUCUCCCUCAGCUCUCACCUAUUAUCAAGAAAGCUGUUCGAGAAAACCCUGAUAUAUCCACAAAGUCACUAAGGGAGCAGUUUGGAAGACUUCUAUUUUCGCCACUGAUAGAACUGGGAAGAACUGGAAAGGACACCGAGACUAUUGUGAUCUUGAUCGAUGCAUUAGACGAAUGUGAGUCGGACAAAGACGUGCGACUCAUAGUUCAUUUACUAUCUCAAUUGCGGGACUCGGGUGUAGUACACCCACGGAUCUUCUUAUCAAGUCGACCCGACUUACCUAUUCGUCAGAGCUUCAGCCAUCUCGUUGCCAACAAGUAUCGUGACUUUGCUCUGCAAGAGGUUCUAAGUCCAACAAUAGAACACGAUAUAUCGCUGUUAUUGAGGCACAGGAUCGCAGAAUUCAAAAAUGAUAACCCACUUCCGUCCAACUGGCCCUCUGAGCAGGAUUUCCAGAAGCUUGUCACAUUGUGCGUUCCUUCGUUUGCUUUUGCUGCUGCUUUCUGCAACACGCUAGAGGAGCCUCAAUGGGAUCCGGAGGAAGUCCUUGGAGAGUUCCUCCAAAGCCCCAGGCUCAAUCUAGAUCAGAUAUACCUCCCCAUAUUGAAUCGCAUGCUCCAUGGGCAGACCAAAUCCCAGCAAGAGCGACUACUUCGGGAAUUUAAAGAAGUAGUUGGUCCGAUUCUUAUCCUCCAGCGUGCGCUAUCGGUCAAAUCGCUUUCAAUACUCACUGGAAACUCAGAGAAGUUGAUAAAGCGGAGGCUGGGCUCUCUGCACUCGAUCAUAAAAGUCCCAGACGAUGAUACACUACCAGUGGAACAUCUUCACUGGUCACUCCGAACCUUUUUACAUAGCCCAGACACGCGCGAGACGACACCCUUCUGGAUCGAUGAGAAAGAGACGCACAGUGAACUCACUGCGCAGUGCCAGAAGCUCAUGGAAUACACCUUUGAACAAAACACCCAUAAUCCACCAGCCUCCGACAAACCCCAAGUGGACUCGGACUCAGGGAAUGGGACAUACAACAAUACCACCCCGGAACUCCAAUAUGCGUGUCAAUACUGGGUACAUCAUCUAUUGAACAGUGCGGAUCCUGUUGAUAAACUAGACACAUUAUUUCCAUUCCUCCAGGAACACUUCUUUCAUUGGGUUCAGGUGCUAAAUGUCAUCAGCGACCGAUCUACUAUCACAGACAUGAUCAAUCGUUUACAGUCGAUCAAGCAUGAUCAUAAUAUGUCGAGGUUUCUGGAAGAUGUGAAGAAGUCCAUUCUUAAAAAUGAAGGUAGACGGAUAGAAGAUGAAGAAGAUGAUAUUACGCGAUAUACAGUUGGCCAAUCGCUUUAUAUGGCCGGGUGUCUUGGAAUUUAG